AUGGAGUCUGUAAAAUCAGAUUUUGUCGAAUUGGUUGAAGGUGUACUCAAGUGUUCCGUCGACAUUGAUUUCAAGUCACUCGGAUUGCAAACUCUUAAUGAUCCAGGGCAACUUGUCGCUGUGGCAAACUGGAUUCGUUUCGCCCGAUUUGAGUUAUCAAGCUCUGGAAACCUCGAUAGAGCCUUAACAGAAUUAGAUAGGUGUCUAGACCAUCGGUCAUUUUUGGUUGCUGAUGCUGUAACUCUUGCGGAUAUAGCAGUUUGGGCUCUAUUGAUCCGCAAUGACUAUUGGCAACAGCUAUGCGAUAAAGAGGCGAAGAAUCCACCUUCCGUUAAAAAGAGUUAUCCAAGCCUAAGGCGUCUUGUUGAUUUCAUAAAUCAGCUGCCUGAGAUGCGCAAUUUCUGUUCGGCAUUGGAUCAAAAUGUGGUUUCCCCCAAAAAACCCAUCCAACCCAAACAGUCCGAAGCGAAUUCCGUCCAGACGAAGACUCCGACUGCUAAAGGUCGUGUCGCUACUGACAUGAAAUUCGAAGAGGGUGGAAAAUUCUCCGAUCUUCCCGGUGCUGAGAUGGGCAAAGUUGUAGUUCGAUUUCCCCCAGAAGCCAGUGGUUUCAUGCACAUUGGCCACGCCAAAGCCGCUCUCCUUAAUUAUCACUACAAGCAAAUCUUUAAUGGAAAGCUCAUUCUUCGUUUUGAUGAUACGAAUCCGGCGAAGGAAAAUGCUGCUUUCGAAGAGGCCAUUCUAGAAGAUCUUCCUCGUUUGGGCAUCAAAUGGGACGAUUUUACUUUCACUUCGAAUUAUUUUGACAAAAUGAUCGACUUUUGUACUCAGAUGAUUAAGGACGGAAAGGCUUAUGCUGAUGAUACCGAUGCUGAAACUAUGAGGGCUCAGCGUGAGGAAAGGAAGGAAUCUGCUUGUCGAAAUAACUCUGUUGAAAAGAACUUGGCUAUGUGGAAAGCAAUGCAAGAGGGUACUGAGGCCGGGUUAAAAACCUGUGUUCGAGCUAAAAUCGACAUGUCCUCGGACAACGGUGCUAUGAGGGAUCCUACAAUCUACCGGUGCAAGCUCGAGCCCCAUAUCCGAACCGGCACUAAGUACAAGGUCUUCCCAAUCUAUGACUUCGCCUGCCCGAUUGUGGACAGUCUGGAAGGUGUCACUCAUGCUCUCCGUACCUCCGAAUACAAUGAUCGUAAUGACCAGUACUACUGGAUGUGCGAUGCUCUUAAUAUUCGUAGACCUCAAGUGAUUGACUUCUCUCGUCUUGCUCUACAAUCUACUCUCCUCUCCAAACGCAAGUUGGUCUGGUUUGUAGACCAGGGUCUUGUGAGUGGAUGGGAUGAUCCACGAAUGCCAACUGUACGAGGUAUCCUCCGCCAUGGCCUCACGCCUGAGGGACUUCGUCAAUUCAUUCUCGCUCAGGGUUCUAGCAAGUCCACGGGCAUCAUGGAGUGGGAUAAGAUUUGGGCUUUCAAUAAGAAGGUUAUCGAUCCGGUGGCUCCCCGAUACACUGGUCUUAAUCUCCAGGAUGGGCUUGUUCCAGUCCAUGUGAAGGGUCAGAAUGAGGAUGAAACUAAGCAGACUCCACUCCACCCGAAGAACGCAGAAAUUGGCGAAAAAACUCUAGUUUUGGCUCCCACUGUCCUCGUUGAACAAGCCGAUGCGGAAUGCUUCAUUGAGGGCGAUAAUGUUACAUUCGUGAACUGGGGCAAUCUUCGCAUUUGUAAGGUUCACAAAAAGGCCAACAGAAUCGAAUCUGUCGAUGCUGAGCUUAAUCUCGAGGAUACGGAUUACAAAAAGACCCACAAAGUUACUUGGCUGCCCGACCCAACCGCUGUCAAGCAUGCCGGAAAGGAUCUUAGUCAACUAACUCCUCUUUCUUGCCUCACCUAUGGCCAUCUCAUUUCCAAACCAAUCAUUGGAAAGGAAGAGAAAUUCGAGGAAUUUGUUAAUCGUGACUCUGUGUCAAUGGAGAACUACUUGGGAGAUCCUCAGUUGAGAAAUCUUAAGAAGGGUGAUAUAGUCCAACUGCAGCGCAAAGGGUUCUUUAUUUGUGAUCAGCCGUUCACCACUAAGCAUCCCUCAACUGGAAAGGAGGCUCCAUGUGUCCUCAUCUACAUUCCCGAUGGUGCGACAAAGGCACGUCCAACCACGGGGUCAAAGUUCAAGGCGGGUGAGGGUGCUGUCAGUAAACCAGCGCAACCACAGGAAAUAAAGGAGAAGUCGUCUCCAAAGGUGUUCGCGGAUUUGUCUCCUGAAGAGGCUUUGAAGCGUGCCGAAAAGGAACGCUUGAAAGAGGAAAAGAAGGCAGCUCGUAAAGCUGGUCGUGAGAAGGCAAAGGCCCAACAGCAACAACAACAACCUCAAGCCUCCGGUGAGGCUUCGGAAAGAAAAAGCGAACAACCUACAGUUCCCCUAACUUCCUCUCCAAUUACGCCGGAGUCAAAUAGCUCACCAGUAAGCAAGCAACAACAACAACGGCAGAAUAAAAAGCAGGAGAAGAUGGCGGGGGAAAAGUCGCAGAAACAGCCCCAGCAAAAGAAAGCUCAAAACGAACCAGCUGCCAGUGGCCCUAAGAAACAGACUAGACUUGGUAUUGAAGCCAAGAAAGAAGAGGACACUGCGGAAUGGUACACUCAAGUGAUCCAGAAGUCGGACAUGUUGGAAUACUACGAUAUCUCUGGCUGCUACAUUCUUCGUCCAUGGAGCCACUUCAUAUGGGGCCAAAUUCAAUCUUUCUUCGAUCUCAAAAUAUCCGAUUUAGGUGUAGAGAACACCUACUUCCCAAUGUUCGUAUCUAAGGCUGCCUUGGAGAAGGAAAAGGACCAUAUUGCCGAUUUUGCCCCUGAGGUUGCUUGGGUCACUCGUUCUGGUUCAUCCGAUCUUGCUGAGCCUAUCGCUUUGCGUCCAACAAGUGAGACGAUCAUGUAUCCAGCGUUUGCCAAAUGGAUUCAGUCACAUCGUGAUUUGCCUCUUAAGAUUAAUCAAUGGAGUAACAUUGUCCGCUGGGAGUUCAAACACCCAACUCCCUUCUUGAGGACCCGGGAGUUCCUCUGGCAAGAGGGCCACACUGCCUAUGCCGUUAAGGCUGAUGCUGAAGCCGAGGUUUUGUCGAUCUUGGAUCUUUAUCGAGUUAUCUAUCAUGAUCUUUUGGCUGUUCCAUGCAUUCGAGGACGUAAGACAGAACGCGAGAAAUUCCCUGGUGGUGAAUACACUACAACAGUCGAAGUCUACAUCGGUGCUUCCGGCCGAGCCAUCCAGGGUGCCACCUCCCAUCACCUGGGUCAAAACUUCUCUCGUAUGUUCGACGUCGUUUUCGAGGACCCAGUGACCAAACAACCCCACCAUGUCUACCAAAAUUCCUGGGGUAUUACCACACGUACCAUCGGUGUUAUGAUCAUGGUGCACUCGGAUAACCAGGGUCUGGUUCUGCCCCCACCGGUUGCUAGAUACCAAGUUGUUGUGGUACCUUGCGGUAUCACUGCCAAGACGACUGAUGAAGAACGCGCAGAUUUGCUUGCCAAAUCUAAGGCUCUUGUUGAAGGACUCUCAAAGGCUUCUAAGCUCCGAGUCCACCUUGAUGAUCGUGAUCAUGUCUCCCCGGGUUGGAAAUUUAAUCACUGGGAACUCAAAGGUGUCCCCAUGCGUAUUGAGGUUGGGUUCAAAGAUUUGGCUAAGGGUGAAGUUACUACUGUUAUGCGCUACACCGGAAACAAGUUGGCAAUUCCUAUGAGCAAAGUGAAUGAGAUGGUCCCGGCUAUGUUGGACGAGGUGCAUAACCUCAUGUUGAACAACGCCAUCGAAAGUCAGAAUGCUCAUAUUUGUGAGGCAAGCAAUAUGAAACAACUUACUGAUGCAUUGGAUAAGAAAUGUUUGGUCUUGGCUCCAUUCUGUGGGGAGCCAGAAUGUGAGGAUUUGGUCAAGACGGAGUCUGCUCAAAAUGUUGUCGUUGCUCCAGGAGCUCCAGCUAUGGGUGCCAAAUCGCUUUGUAUUCCAUUUGAAGGAGAAAUUGUUGGUAAGAAGACCGGGCCUUGUGGAAAUGGAGUCCAUUGUCUGCGACAUCCUCUGUGCUCGAAACCGGCCACUAACUACACUCUCUUUGGGCGUAGCUAUUAA